UCAUUAAUGUUAAACAACUCACUCCCCCGGGAAACUCCCGUAAUCCCGUUUCUUCACUUUUCUAUCCGCAUCUCACAAUCGAGCUGUAAUCUUCUGCUAAGUUCUGGGGUUUCAGUACUUGAAGUUCUGUUUGCUUUGACAGUUAUUAUCUUCAGGCAAUACCAUGAGCGACAUGUUGACCAAUAUAGUUGUGAAGGCAGCUAGCAAUUAUUAUACUCUAGAGGAAAAUAUGCAAAAUCUUAAAAGAAAAACUGAGUUGCUCAAUACUCAACAAGCUGAUGUGGUUGCUAUGUUAAGAGAAGCUGAAGUCCAUCCAAAUAAAAAGCGAAAAGGAGAAGUCCAGUAUUGGUUGAACAAUGUAGAAAAAAAGCAAGAGGAAUUUGAAAGCUUGGAACAAAAAGUGAAUGAAAGCAAAUUUUAUUCACGCAUACAGUUGGCAAAACGUGUUGAUAAAAUGAUUGAGGAAGUGGUAGAACUUGUUGAUCGAGGUACAUUUCCAGAGGGAAUCGUAUUUGAGGUUAAUGAGACAAUAGAUGAGCAAUUUGUAACGGUAGAAUGGAAGCAUCAAGCAUUUGAAAAAAAUAUUGGGACAGUUUGGUCAUGGUUGAUGAGUGAUGAGGUUUCAACUAUUGGCAUUUAUGGUAUGGGAGGAGUUGGAAAAACAACCCUCGCACAAUGUAUCUAUAAUAAGCUAAAGAAUGAAACUGUGUUCCAUGCUAAUGUCUUUUGGUUUACUGUCUCACAAGAUUUGAACAUUCGCAAGUUGCAAAAUGACAUCGCUAAAGCAUUGAAUCUAGAUCUUUCGGCUAAAGGUGAUGAGCACAAGAGAGCAGCCAAAUUGGGUAAGGCAUUCAAAAGAAUAGAGAGAUCUGUAUUCAUUUUCGAUGAUGUGUGGACUUCAUUUUCUUCACAAAGGAUUGGAAUUUCUCCCUCUCUUGCUAUAUAUGGAUUUAAGAUGAUAGUAAUUAGUCGAUCACUAGAGGUGUGUCGCAAAAUGGAAUGCCAUAAGUAUCUAAAAGUGGAAGUUCUUUCGGAGGAAGAAGCUUGGAAUCUCUUUAUGAACAAACUUAGUUAUGGCAUACGACUUCCACCCAAAGUGGAAGAGAUAGCAAGAGAAGUGGUAAAGAAGUGUGCUGGUUUGCCUCUUGCAAUUAUCACCAUGGCUGGAAGCUUGAGGGGGGUGAUUGACAUUCAUGAGUGGAGGGAUACCUUGGAGGAACUAAAAGAAUCUUCUGUUGGACAAACGGACAUGGAAAAUGAGGUGUUACCAAUACUCUUGUGUAGUUUUAAUCGGUUGAGGGAUCCAAAAUUACAACGUUGUUUUUUGUAUACCUCCUUGUAUCCCGAAGACUACUGCAUUCAAAGAGACGAAUUGAUAACAAGAUUUAUUUCAGAGGAUUUGAUGGAAAGAAGAAGAAGCAGGCAAGCAGACUUUGACCAAGGUCACACAAUACUGAAUAAAUUGGAGAAUGUUUGCUUGCUUGAAAGAAGUACAAGUUAUCAUGGAAAUGAACAAGUGAAGAUGCAUGAUCUCAUUAGAGACAUGGCUUUAAGUAUCACUAAAGACAAGCCUAGGUAUAUGGUAAAAGCUGGACUUCAGUUGAAGAAAAUACCAGAGGCACAAGAAUGGAGGGAAGAUUUGGAUAAGAUUUCCUUGAUGCAUAAUAAUAUAGCUGAAAUUUCAAGUGGCACAUCACCCAAGUGUCCUAGACUUUCAACGUUGCUUUUGUGCUUCAAUCCUUUGAAGUCAGUUCCAGAUUUGUUCUUUGAGCAAAUGCAUAGCCUACAUGUUCUCGAUUUGUGUUACACAAAUAUUGAGUAUUUGCCAAGUUCCAUAUCAGACUUGAAGGAACUUAAUGCAUUAUUGCUCAGGUAUUGUUUUAAACUCAUGUUGGUACCACCACUGGGAAACCUCAAGGCACUAAGAGAGCUGGACAUCAGUAAGACUGGUGUUAAGGAAAUACCUCAAGGCAUGGAAAGCUUGACCAAUCUCAAACGCUUAGACACAUUCGACUCAUGUAUAGAAAAUAUUCCAACAGGGAUUCUACAGGGACUCCCACUUCUUCAACGCCUCACACUGCCUAAAUGUAUAAUAGUACCAAUUGAAGAAGUCGAGGGAUUAAAACAACUGGAAGAGUUUCAAGGCAAAUUGAGCAGCAUGUGUGAUUUCAACAGAUUUAUCAAGUCUCAACUAAAUGCUGGGCGGCUCAGUUUCUAUGAUAUUCAGAUAGGUGAUGGAAGAGGUAAUAGAUGUUACUACCCUGAAAGAUUAGCUUGUAAAUUGGUAGCUUUUGGAAAAGACAGUCUGAAGAAAGGGCAAGGAUUAUGCCAAGAUGAAAUUAUGGUUCCACAAGAUAUUGAGGAACUAUUCUUUCGACAAUGUGGCCUGAGUAGAUGUUUAUUGGAUGAUUUCCAAAAAUUGAAUAAUUCUCUAGAAUUGAAGCAGUGCCAUGUUGAAAAAGAGGAUGGAACAGAGUGCAUUGUGAGAUUAUCAUCUCUGAAGGAGCUGAUGGAAGAAGUAGAAGAACAUUCUCUUUCGAUCCCACUCCAAAGCCUUCAAAUUUUGCAUCUUCUGAACCUGCCAAAUUUUAUUGGUCUUGUAAAGAGCGAAGAAGGAGUAGCAGCAGCACCUCUUCCACAUGGUGCAUUUUCCCAGCUUCAAAAGUUGGAGAUUCUGCAUUGUGGGAAAAUGAAGAAACUUCUUCAUCAGAGUUAUGUAAAUAACCUCCAUAACCUCCGUGUGUUGAAAGUUGAAUCAUGUGUAGAAAUGGAGGAGAUAAUAGGAGAUAAUGAUGAAGGCGGCCUAGUUUCGAACAGGAGUGCUGAUGUUACCCUGCCAAGGUUAAAGAGUUUGAUGCUCCAGAGUAUGCCAAAAUUGAAAAGCAUAUGCAGGGGAACCGUAAUUUGUGAUUCUAUUGAGUACAUUGGGUUGUUUUUGUCAAAAAGCUUAAAGAAGAUGCCUUUGUUUCUGCCAAAUCUCGAUGGACAACCAUCUCAUCCCCCCUUUCUCAAAAGCAUACAUAUAUUCAAAGAAGAGAAAGAAUGGUGGGAAUCAUUGGAGUGGAACCAUUCCAACGCCAAAGAUGUCCUUCAACCCUUCGUUGAAUAUUUGUAAUCUAGAGUUUGCCCCCUGCCAAGUGAACGUUCAUGAUCAAAGAUUGUAAUAAUUGCAUAUGCAUCUUAAUUUCUUUCUUUAACUUUUUUCCUAUUUAAUGCAAAAGUAAUGCGACUUUUGUUGUUCCUAAACUACUCAUCUCCGUUUACCACUUAUUACUAUCUCGAUUUCUUGGA